AGUGGGCGGAGCCAAAACACCGAGCCAUAACAGCGGCAAAGAAAAGCUGCUGUAGCCGAGCCCAGACCUGUAGCUGGGUUAGACAGACAGGGCAGCAGCGACUCCAACUCCCACCCCACAGGCUCGUCCUCCCCAGGCUAAUGCAGCUAAGAACCUAAGUCCAAUUAACAUGAACGGAGGAGGAGAAACCCCGCCGUCGCCGUGCGCGGAGCAGACGGGCUGGACGACUUAACGGAGAGUGAGGAAUGUGGCCGGUCGACUUCAGCUGACUGGAGAACAAACAUGAAGCAGCACAUCGACGCCUGUGUGGAGAAGAGUGUGUCGAGCCGAGGAGAGCGGUCUGAGCCGUGUCUGUAAGCCGUUUUCUUCUCACUGCUUCACCCCUUCGGCGCCUUGAGCAGCAGCAACAACAAAACCCCAGCCCAGCAGCCCGGACUGUAUUUUUCCCCCUUGGACCGUUUCUGGAUUCUCGCUUAGCAUGGAGCUGCCCACGGACGUGUUGCUAGUCACCGCGAACGUCGGCUCCUUGUUUGACAACGUCGGCGAAAUUGAGUGCGACUGGCUCCGGGAGCUCUUCACGACUGUGCACACAUACAAGCCCCACUUCAUUGCCAUGCACUUCCAAGAGGUGGGGGGGAAAGACUACUCAGUCAACAUGGCCCACGCUGAGAGCUUCUUUGGGGAGAUCCAGUACAGCUCUGAGAUGAAGGACUUUGACCGUGCGUGUGUGUAUGUGGACAGUCAUUUCAAGGCAGAGGACAACUUUACGGCUCUGGGCAGCAUGUACUUCAUCCACAAGUCCGUGAAGAAUGUACAGCAAUAUGACUUCAGUUCGAGGGAUUUUAAAUCCGUCUCAGGACACAACAAGUACAUGGGCUCCCUGGAUGGAGUCACUACAAUGGAGAAGGAAAAAUUCCCCAAGAAUUUUUGGACUGAUAUCAAGUGGUCAAGAAAAGGCUACAUGAGGACACGGUGGAUCAUUCACAAUCAGGGCCUGGACCUGGUGAAUGUGCACCUCUUCCACGAUGCAUCUAACCUCAUUGCCUGCAACUCGAGUCCCUCAGUAUACUCCACAAAUCGGCAGAAAGCGCUCAGAUAUGUCAUCAAAAGGAUAACAGACCGUAUCUACAGCCCUAUGCCUUUCUUCCUGUUCGGAGAUUUUAACUUCCGCCUCGACACACAAAGUCUAGUGCAGAACCUCUCCACUUCUGCUGAAGUUCAGACGGUGAAGAAAGACAGUAGUAAUGAGGUGGAGAAAAUCAUCUAUGAGGAAAAAGACAAUGACCACAAGCAGGUCCUUCUCCAUAUAGAGACUAAGCUGUUUGCGUACCUGCACCAGGCAGUCUUCAGAGAGAACAAUGGAAAAGAGCUUCUGAAGUAUGACAAGGAGAUAGAAGCGUUCCACGAUGUCAUCAGAGAAGAGGAGAUUCUGUUCCCUCCCAGUUACCCCUACAGUGAAGACAACACUAAACCCACUCAGUACAUGAACACACGAUGCCCAUCCUGGUGUGAUCGCAUCCUCAUGUCUCACAGUGCUCGGGACGUCAUGCUCAGGGGAGAAGAGGAGAAUAACAUUGUUUAUAACACACUGGGCCCAAACGUCUGUAUGGGAGACCACAAGCCUGUUUUCCUGUUCUUUGCACUGAAACAUAAUGUCCACUGACCCACAAUAUGGACCCAUAAAAGGGUUUGCUGUGGGCGUCAGUGAAGAAAAAGAGGAAAUUAGAGGCCGCACAGUCUCUAAAUACAUAGGAUUGCAGUUCACAUAAUACAGUAUCUCACAGCCUGCACAGACCCCCAAGCCCACCCACCCCUCCACACACACAGAUCAAGGGAAUGUUUUUUUUGUUUCUAAGGUUAAGGAGAGAAGAAACAAACCCUUUGUGCACAGGUUGUACAGUUUUACAGUUCUCAAGACACUCCAGUUUAUUGUGCUGCCAGUUUUACUGUUUAUUUGACCAAAACCUGCAGCAUGUAAAGCUGGUUUACACGCUCUCUCAGUUUUAGUACUACUGCUUUCCUUCUUUCCUGCAUGCUGAAAACAGAAGACAGUUCCAGUCACGUACAGCAUGCUGUUCAAUCGCACAAGCUAUUCUUUAAAUCCGUGUUUUGCAUCACACAUUGCAUGUUUGCUGGGGUUGUUUAGUCCAGAUAUCUAUAAUGUUUCGCCAAAAGGCUGAAUUUAAAGCGAGAUAUACUAUACUGUGUAAAAGUCAGAGACUAUACUUUAUUUAAUUUGCAGUCAAAACUGUCAUUAAGUACAAGUUUAUAAUAUUUCACAAAAAAUGGCACAAAGCCUCCAACACUACGUAUAAUAUCAAAUCUAUCAGUAUUUAAUUUGUCCACUCUUUUUUUUUAUACCUAUCGUCACUUUAACUACUUCAUCUUCCCAAUAUUAAAACCAACCUGUUGUAACCUCCCAACAAAGGCUUUUCCCAUAGAAUCACAGACAUUGUUGCCCUUCAAACAUUCAUACAAGCAACUACUCAAACUCUCUGAAGCCCAACGGUAUGAGUCUGAAAGGAUGUGUAGCAGCCAAAAAGCCUCACUGAGAAAAGGAAAUAGACAAAAAGCAAGAACUUUUGCACUAGAACAACAAAAGUGGACAUCUGAAAUAGUUUUUGUGCACUGAUGAGUCUAAAUUUGUGCUUGGGAUUACUUGAAUUGUGAGAAGUGGAAAAUGGAACCAACUUCUAAGACUGGAGGUGUGAAAAAAAUGCAGGUUCUUUGAAAAACCGAACACAAGCUGUAAUACUGAACCAAAGCUGUAAUAAAGGCAAUAAUAAUAACAAUAAAGGGUGAACACUAAAUACUGAAAACAUAUUAUAUUUAGUUGUUGGGGCUGUUAAAAAUAUAGUUUCUGCUUUUUCUCUUGACACUGAAUAAUAAAUAACUUGUGCUUUAUGUGCUUUUUUGACAGUAUGUCAAGUGAGCACCUCAAACGGUAAACCAUAUAUUAACAACUCCGCCCUUUUUGAAUAACCAGUUAUUCUAUUUUAUUUUGUACAACCUUUUAUGUUAAAAGCUUAAAUAUGUUUUAUUUACAUUUUAGUGUUUUUAAAUGCAGAGCAUCAAACUGUGCCAUACCAUGCUUAUGUAAUCAUACUAAUAUACUAUACUUAUACUAAUCAACUGUCUUCAGUACAUACAAAACUCAACAGCCAGGGUUCUUACCUCCACCAAGUGCACAGCUCAUAUUACUCCUGUUCGUCGACAGUUGGAUUGGCUUCUUAUUAGUUCUAGGAUUAAGUACAAAAUCAUUCUUCUUACCUUCAAGUCUUUACAUGGUCUGGCUCCGGCAUACCUUUCUGAUCUCAUUUCUUUAUAUUGUCCCUCUCGUGCUCUCCAAUCUUCUAAUUCUGGACUCCUCACAGUUCCCUCAACUAGACUUUCUGCUAUGGGUGGCAGAUCUUUCAGUGCUGCUGCCCAAAACUCUGGAAUUCUCUACCUUUCACUCUUCGUAAUUGAUCUUUUCUGUCUUCUUUCAAAUCUCUGCUAAAAACCUUCCUUUUUUUCUUUUCUGUAGUUUUUGGAUGUGUCAAGUGUCCUUGGGUUUGUGAAAGGCGCUAUAUGAAUUGAACUUAAUAUUAUUAUUAUUAUUAUUAUUAUCAUCAUAUGAUGCUUACAAAAAUGUCAUAUAUAUUGUUUUUGUUGCAAAGGCCGAAUUGAAUGAAAGGAAGUCUCUGACUUGUGCACAGUACUUUAUUAUAAACGUCUGAUACUGCUCCGGGCCCUUUAGCAGGGCUGUGCAUAUCCACUCUCAGGCCUGCACACCAGGCUGUCUGUGUGGUUCUCAGUGUCUCAGAGGCGCUGUAUCUCAGAUAUUAUCAGAUCAAUAGAAUAUGUACGCAAGGACCACCAGGGAUGAAUUCUAAAGCCAUCCGCACUGUGUGAAAUAUGGAAAUCCCGCCGAGAGCGGCGCAGGCCGACAGGCCCUCUGACUUUUAAUUAGAGCUUGAGCAGACUACUGAAUACUAAUAUACAGCUAUUCACUUAGGAGCUGUGAAAGACAACAGAUAAGUCAUGCUUCUUAACGUGAUAUAUGAAUAUCCUAGGGCUGCACCUUACGGCCAAAAUACUAGUAUUGUGAUUAUUUUAUAUGCCUUGCAAUACAAUCAUUUGCUUUGAUACAUCAAAACACUCACAAAAUGCUCAUCUGGAACUGCGAUUGGACAGUACACUCAGAAGGGGUGCUAAACUGGGGUGCUAUCCCUCUUGUCACUGGGGUGGUACCCUCACAGGAACCUUCAAGGAACAUUGACUCCGUAUAUCCUGUCGUAACUCCAGGCUUUUUAUUGUGUCUGCUUUAAAACAUGUUAUAAAAUUGAAUGUAGAAAGUGAGUGUAGUUUAUCUUUAAAACUCAGGACAGUUUCACUGAUUCAGUCAUUGAGAUAUAAGCAAAGUCAUUCAGAAUGGGUUGGUGUGAAAUGGUUCAUUAUAGAGAAACUUGGGAUUCUGAUUUCUUUAUAUUGGUGGAGAUAGGAACCAGGGAUCACAAUGUCUGCAAAACAAAUAUAGCCAUUUUACUCACUAUCUAAAACAACCAGUGAGACUAUAUAUGUCCUCCGAGUUUUCAUAUGUGAUGUUGCUGACGGUCUUAAUACUAUGUCUUACAGGACUAUUACCCUUAAAAACCCUGCAUGUACCCUUUCCAACAUGAAUGGUGCUUUAAAAAUUAAAAAAUGUGUUUUUGGGCCAAAUAUUUCUCUCAGGCCUAUCAGAAACCAGUGUCUCCAGCAACAGGCAGUGUAUUCAUGACCAAUUUGUCUAAUAAAUUUCUGUAAGGUAGCUUUGGACCUUUUUUUAAGGUGUUAAAUGCUUUGGACGUCUGGUUCCCAUCACCACUGCUCUGAACAAUUCUGACUCUGCAAGUUUAACAGGCAUUUCACACCAAACCACUCUUUAUGACUGUAUGUAUAUCUAAAAUUAGUUAAUUACGCAGACAUUUUGAAAAACUGCAGAAAUACCCAUUUAAAACCACUGUUCUGCCUUUGAAGGUAUAUUUACAUUGUUUGUACCUUGAUGAACAACAAAUGACCUGUACAGUACCCUGUUUUCUGAUUGGGUAGAAAACCAUUGUAAUUGGUUCCAAGACUCAUUUGUAGCAUAAACUACAUAUUGUGCAGCCCUAGGAUAUACAUUUGAAAGUUAAGAUACUUUUUUCUGUUUUUGGUUGUGAAUAUAUAUAUAUAUAUAUACAGCUGUAUACUGUUGCUGUGCGGACUGCAUGCAGUUUGAAUCUCGUCAUUGUCUGGGUUAUCUUUCAUAGAAUGGACUCAGCAAGGAGCGAGUUCUUCCACAGUGGAGCAUAACGUUCGAAAUCUGUAAAAGAAAAGGAGGAAAGCAUACUUAACUCUGAAUGCAAGUUAAAGAAGAAUUCUAGAAGUUAUUCUAAAUGGGGGAAAAAAGGAUUUGCGAGGUUUGGAGGGACAGUGAUGAUAUUUUUCCAUCUUGACUGUCGAAACUAAGUUGCUCAUCUGAUUAUUGUUCAGUAUUGUUUAAUUCUUGAUAGUCAGCAGUGACUUUAAAAGCAUAUGUAGUUGCUUAUAUAACUGUCACUCUGACUUAAAUACUCAGCUGCCCUUUCCUUUUGCCUUUUGUAUUUACUUAUAUUACUAUCUGGUGGCAAGGCAUAUUAUUUGAUUUUGUCCAACAUUCCCUUUCGGCAAUGAACUGUAUGCUGGCUCUUCUGUGGUGAUAGAAUGGACUGUGAAUAGCUUUCCGUGUAUUCCUUUCUAUGUUACUUGGCAGUUACUCAUUGUUUUAUCUGAUUUGUUUCACUUGUAUAUACUGGGUCAGAGAGGUUUUUAGGAAUUGUAAUUAAGACUAGAGUUUGAAUACAUGCAUUUAUAGAUGAGAGCGUUUUGCAGCUUACAAAUACAUCAUGGAUCAAACUCACAACAGUUUGACCAUUUAAAGGCUGUGGAUAUUUCUUUAUUUCAAACGUAAUUAGAUCCACUGAUCACCAUCAAUAUUCAUUAACUAUCAUUUAAGUGGGCACAAGAACGAUUACACAGAUAUGACAAGGGAGUCAUUAGUUCAACUCGACUACAACUUAUUGAUUUUAUCCAUGUAAUCUGAAUGACCCCCCCCCAACACCUCCACCAAGCCAGGCAUUCUCAAAUCAGAAGCAGAUCAAUAAUUUAAGUGCGAAGGUUAAAUUACAUGGGCCGUUUGUCAAUAAUGGACUUGUUGGAGUUGAUUCAUGGUAUGGUGGACAUAAUAUAUUGCUCUCAAGGGCAUCAUUCUGAACCCAAAGUCCAAUACAAGGCCGUGAUGUCCAUGAAUGAGAGGCGUCCGUGUUUGUUUGGUGAAACACUACAUUUUCACAAAGUGUAAUUUAUAUUUUUGUACAUAAGCAGCAACCGUAUGGCACUGUUCUUAGCUUCUGAUCUCUUCAGGCUUAUGUAGCUACCCACAUCUUCACUUCUUGAUGAUCUGUUUUCUUUUACACUGUCUGUGUGUUGACUUUGACCACUUAAAGGCCUAAUCACAUUUCUUCUUCUCCCUACCCUUUGUUUUCGAGUGUCACCCUAACCCCUUGAAACUGAGUUACAGGGGGUAGUGGUUGAAAUCUUGCCCUGUGAAAUGGGACAACGCUCAAAUAAAAUAAAAUUUUAAAAAAGCAUUGCGUCAUUAACAGGCUACUAGCGCUGCUCUGUAGGUGACCCGGCCUGUCCUCAGUGAUAGCAGAGAAGGGGGAAGUUCAGCUCCUCACUGCUGGGCUUUAGUUACAAUUAGGGAAUCAUAUACUUUCAAAUAAGGGGUUUAAGACAAUUAAUUAUUAUCGUCCACCGCUAAAUCUUUGGUGUUAUGAAGCUGAAAUCAGCUAUUCGCCAGCUUCUUGCUCAAAUUUUCCCAUUAUAUCUUAAAUGGUGCAGCAGCAACAUUCUGGCACUUCAGACGUCAGAACUACCAGAUUAUUUAAGGUGGAACAGGAAAGUUAGCUAGCUAGCUACUGAGACAUUAGCAUGUUAUUAGCAAUUUUUUGUGCUUGUUUUGAGGAACAUGACCAUAAUACAUUGACACAACAUUAAACAAAGAUAAUGCAGUGGUUUUUGUAAUUUGUUAACAGAGGAAAUUCUUACAUUUGUGGGUUUCAUUGGUCACUCGUGAAGCUGUCUUGCUGGUUUUUCUUUUGUUCUCAUAACUCUGCAUUUGGAGUGUGUCUCUGAAAAAUCUCCGUUUAGAGGGCCAUGUAGCCCUAACACUUCUCCCUACCCCUCUAUCUCAACAAAAAUUGGGACACCCUAACCCUAGACGUGAACACGCAAAACGGAGGGCUAAGGGCCAAGUGGUAGGGGCAAAGGGUGAAAUGGGAUUGGGCCAAAGUGUAUGUGGUACAGCAGCACUUCAGAAAGUUUGGACAAAGUGUAGCAUUGUUUGAAUUUUAGAACAAGCACUAUUCAUAUGGCAAGUACUUUUGACAAUGCUUUUAGUUGUAAGCUUGGUUUCUUUAAAAUAGUUUGUAAAAGUUCUAAUGAAGAACUUGAACGAGUCCCUUCAAAGUGAAACAGGUCCAAAUUAUUUUUUCAUUUUAUUUUUAUUAUUAUUAUUUUGUUAUUUCUUUUUAAAGACAUAUGGGCAAUGAUAAUAUCUCACACAUUGGGUUUUAAAAGUAAGAUGACUAAAGCUAGUAAAUGAAAAUGCCAUAUUGAAGUGGCUUUGGCCCGAACCCAAUGAAAAACUGAACUAACACCCAUCAAACCUGUCCAGACGUUUCCCUUUUAUGUUGUUUUGUUAUUUCCUUGGAAAGAGAUCUGGGCAAUGAUAUUUUAUGCAUGGCCUUUUAAAUUAAGAUGGCUUGAACUAGCAAAAGAAAAUGACACAUUUAUAUGACUUUUGCCCAAACCCAAUGAAGGACUGAACUAACUCGCAUCAAACUGGGCCAACUUUUUUCCUUUAAUUCUCUUUUAUUUUGUUAUUUCCUCCUAAAGAAAUAUGGAGAGAUAUGGGUGAUGAUAUUUCACGCAUGGCUUUUUAAAUUAAGACUGCUAAUGCUAGUAAAUAAAAAUUCCAUAUUGAAAUGGCUUUGGCCCAAACCCAGUGAAGAACUCAACAAAGCUCCCGUUAAACAGGUCCAACUUUUUAUGUUUUAUUAUUUCCUAUAAAAAACCAUGAUGAUAACAUCGUAAGCAUGGCUUUUUAAAGUAAUUACUAAUUUUUAAAGCUAUUACUAAUAAAUGAAAAUGCCAUAUUGCGAUGGCUUUGGCCCAAACCCAGUGAAGAACUGAACUGACUCCUGUCAAACUGGUUCAGUUCUUUUCCUUUAAUUUUAUAAAUUCCUUGAAAAGAGAUCAGGACAAUGAGACAGUCUUACACAUGGCUUUUUAAAGUAAGAUGGCUAAAGCUAGCAAAUGGUCCUCCCAUGUCUUUGAUCCAAAACCAAUAAAGACCUCAACUAAUCCACCUCAAGGUGAAACUAACCCACAGUUUUUUUCCUUUGCAUUUUUAUUUUGUAUUAUUUUAUUUGCUCAGACAGACAGAUCUGGGCAACGUGUGCAGAUCAAUGGCAUUUAAAAGGCUGUGAAAGAGAAGGACCACUUAAAUCCUGAGUUGUUGUAGCCCAGGUCUUCACCAUUAACGCAUUUGAGAAGAUUAAUGGUGCUGUGAUGGGGCAGGUUUAGAUUUCUGUUGAGUGCUGGGUGAAGGGGAAAGAUGUCAAUAGAGGAACGGGGUUGUUCUGCGGUUCCAGAGGCACCAAAAGAGUUCACCUUAACAAUCAUAUCCAUAUGCUACAGCACUCAGAACUCAAAUACAAUACCUACUGUACUGAUAUCACAGCGUAUUGUUACAGUCCUAAUCUAAAACGAGCUCUUAUCCUUACUCAGCUCUGCAGGUGUACAGGGGUUACUGUGCCAAACGUGUCUUGUUCUUUUUUACGCUUCCUCUUUUUUAGCUUCAUAUUCAGCACCUUUGACAUGACUUGGCAGGUAUGAAGCUUCUAGCCUAAUGCACAGUUAGAAAUGACUAGACCGCAAUGCUAAGUGGCCGAAAGCUUCACCGCAUUGUCUGUUUGUACCUCUGAAUAGCAAGUUAACCUUGAAAUUAAUCUUAAGAUCCCUGUCGUUCUAUAUGAUCAUAACAGAAAUGAAUGUUUCUUUUUCAAAAGUGUAUGUUAAUAUAAACUGUAUGUUUUAAUUCCUUAUAAAGUGUAUAUAUUCAUUGA